CUGUCAGAGCUGUACGCACGUCCGCUGAUCUGAGGUCGGCUGGUGAUGGCGCGGGGACGGCAGAGUUUCCUAUUCCAGGAAACGGGGCCGCAGACUGGCAGAUAGUUUGAAACUGUAUUGACAACAUGGUGACUAAGGAGUGAAGGAGGACGGCAGCAUGGUGUUCGAGACGCUGGUCGUGGACGUGCUGAACCGCUUUUUGGGGGACUAUGUGGUGAACCUGGACAGCUCGCAGCUCAAGCUGGGGAUCUGGGGAGGUGAUGCAAUACUAAAGAAUCUUGAAAUAAAAGAAAAUGCAUUGAGUCAGUUGGAUAUUCCGUUCAAAGUUCGAGCUGGACACAUAGGGCGCCUGGAGCUGAAGAUACCCUGGAAGAAUCUGUAUACACAGUCUGUGGAAGCUACCCUGGACGGAGUGUAUCUGCUAAUUGUGCCCACUGCCAGUAUAAAAUAUGACCCAGAGAAGGAGGAGAAACACUUCCAGGAGUCCCGGCAGAGGGAACUGCAGAGGAUCGAGGAGACGAAACAGAAAGCAGCGGAACAAGAUAACCCAAAUCAAGAGAAGCAAGACACAUUCGUGGAGAAGCUGGUUACUCAGGUGAUCAAGAACCUUCAAGUGAAGAUCUCCAACAUUCACAUUCGAUAUGAGGAUGACGUGACGAACCCCACAUCACCUCUCUCAUUUGGAGUAUCACUGCAGAAUCUCAGUCUUCAGACUGCAGAUGAAAACUGGAAACCAUGUCUGCUCGACGAAAAAUCCAAGCUGUUCUUCAAGCUCGUCCGUCUGGACAAUCUGUUUGCUUACUGGAAUGUGAAUUCUGAGAUGUACUCCAAUCACAAUCCAGAUGAAGCCUUGAUGUGCUUGAAGGACAGUGUCGCAGUUCACAAUGCAAUUCCAGAGGACUAUGAUUUCAUUUUUCGUCCGAUAUCAGCCAACGCUAAAUUACGCAUGAACCCCCGGUCUGACGUGGACUUCUCGUCACCUAAAGUGGACCUGGUGGUGAACCUCCCAGAGGUGGCCAUUAAGCUCAACAGGCCGCAGUAUGUCAGUAUGCUGGAGCUUCUGGGAUCUGUUGAUUUGAUGUCUAGGAAUUUACCAUACCGGAAGUAUCGUCCUUGCCUUCCUGUUCACAAUAAUGCACACAUGUGGUGGCAGUAUAUAAUAACCAGCAUCCUGGAGGUGAACGUAAAGCCUCGGCUCCACAUGUGGUCCUGGAAGCACAUCUGCCAACAUCGGCAGAAGGUCAAGUCCUACAAGGAGCUGUACAAGAAGAGAAUAACGAGCAAGAAGCCUACCGAAGACCUGCUGAAGAAACUGGAGGAACCAGAGACAACACUGGAUAUUUUCAACAUCACACUAGCACGUCAGCAGGCUGAGAUGGAGGCUAUGAAGGCCGGCCUGCGGAUAUACCGCCCUGGUGUGAAACCGGAGGAGGAGCAGACCCAGGGCUGGUUUUCCUGGAUGUGGAGCUGGUCUGGGGACAGCGGCACCCAGAAGGAUAACAAGGCUGGAGGGUUUGAUGAACUGAUGACCUCCAAUGAAAAGGCCAAACUCUACACUGCCAUUGGAUACAGCGAGACUGCUGUCAAUCAUAACCUGCCAAAGAAUUUUGAAGACAUGAAGAUUAAAUUCCAGUUGCAAAGCUUGUUUGUGUCAAUCAAGGAGAAUGAAGACAAGCCGGAAAUUAUCAAGCUCGCCGUCAUUGAUCUGAGCGCUAUGCUAACACAGAGGCCGGGAGCACAAGCUAUUAAAAUCUCGACUCAGCUGAUGUCCUUUGAGGUGACUGGGCUGCCUCGGCACAACUGUUCCCCCACCUUGCUGUCCUCGCGGAACGUGAUGACUGAACACCAGAACCCCUUGCUGAGUGUGGUGUUUGAGACCAACCCCUUGGAUGAGUCGUCAGACCAGCGAUUGCACGCUGAGUCUCAACCACUGGAAAUCGUCUAUGACGCAAUAACUAUCAACAGCAUGUCAGCGUUUUUCAUGCCGCCACAAGACCUGGAGCUGGAGGAGCUGACCUCGGCCACCUUGAUGAAGCUGGAGCAGUUCAGAGACCGUACAUCCACAGGGCUCAUGUACGUCAUUGAGACACAGAAGGUGCUGGACCUCAAAGUUAAUCUCAUGGCCUCCUAUGUCAUCGUUCCUCAAACUGGUUUUUACGAUUCCUCAAAGAAUGUGGUCGUCUUGGACCUUGGUAAUUUCAAGGUGGCCAGCAAAAGUCGUAAGGAGCUGCCUCAGCUGUCCGUGGGCCAAAGUACCCUAGAGGACAUCAUGUCCCGUGCUUAUGACAGCUUUGAUGUGAAGCUUACCAGUCUGCAGUUUCUCUACAGCAAGCCAGAUGGGGACUGGAAAAAAGCACGGAACCUAAAGAAGUCUGAGCUCCAUAUUCUGGAACCUGUGGAUCUGACGGUUGUCUUCAGCAGGGCCAUGGUGGUGACCGAUUCCAGAAUGCCCAAGUUUAAGAUUUCAGGCGAGUUGCCCCUGCUCUCUCUCUGCAUCUCUGAUGAGAAAGUGCGAGGGCUCUUUGAGCUCAUUGAUAGCAUCCCACUGCCAGAGAGUCAUCCACCCCCCCGCACAGCUGGCCAAUCUACACCCAAGGGCAAUAAGCUAACGUAUACACCCCAGCUGACCCCAAGGAAGGCUCCAAUCGCUGAUCUACGAUCAUCUCUCCAUUUUGAAUCUGGUUCAGAUGAGGAUCUCUUCUUCGAUGCUCCCAGCUCACCUGUCGAGGAUCUGCCAUUUUUUGAUGUCAGCAGCGAUUCGCUACCACGCAGCCAGUCUGAAAAACGAAAGUCCCUUGUUCUUAAAGACCCUAAGAAGAACAUGACCGAUCUUCUGAUGACCUUUGAGAUCAGUGUGCUUUCGGUGCAGCUAUGCCGUCUCGCUGGGAAUUGCGAGAUCACCGUCCUACAUCUGGACAUCGAGGGACUUGGCACGGAGCUGAAGUUUCGCACCUUUGACAUGUCCUCCAACACCUUCCUCCGCGAGAUCUGCCUCAUGUGCCCUGAGUACAUGGAUACUGAGGACAAGCCGGUUCAUCUCAUCACCACUUUAGACAACAUAGAGGAUGACCUGUUAACACUGGAGUACAUCAAGGCAGAUAAGACUGCACCAGAAUUCAAGUCUCUUUACAACAAUACCGAACAAUUUAUAAAGGUGAACUUCUCCUCGCUGGACAUUCACCUGCACACCGAAGCUCUGCUUAAUGCAAUGAACUUUGUGAACAGCCUGCUUCCCCCUGAGAAGAAGGAGAUGCAAGAGGAACUUCCAACCAUUCCAGAGGAAGAGGAUGAAGAAGAAGGGAAGAAAGAGACUGCUGUCGCCAGGAAACAUUCUGUUAAGAAGUCUAAAUUUGAAGACGUGGUGAAUUUGCACAUCAGAGCAGACCUGUCCUGCUUGAAAGUGUACAUCCGUGGGGAAAAGGGCCGCAUUUCCGAGAUCCGCAUUGAAGGUCUUGUGUCUCAGGUAUUGAUGAGAAAGAAGGCUGUUGAGGUCCUGGCAAACCUCAAGAACAUUGUGAUCCUAGACUGUGACCAACAAGCACUAUAUAAGAAGGCGGUAUCCAUUGCCGGAAAGGAGGUGUUUGACCUCCGGUUGGUCAACCACGUGGACGCCACGGAAGGGGAUGCCUACAUGAACAUGAACAUCGUGGACACAAGCAUCACACUCACUGUAGGGUGCAUUCAACUCAUAUUCCUCAACAAGUUCCUGUCGACCAUUCUGGCAUUUGUCAACAACUUCCAGACGGCCAAGGAGGCAUUGGCCGAGGCAACAGUGCAUGCAGCGGAGAAAGCUGCGACAGGGGUGAUGGAGCUGGCGGAGCGCAGCACCCGCAUUUCCCUUGACGUUGACAUCAAGGCACCCGUCGUCUUCCUCCCGCAGUCGUCCACCUCCCGCAAUGUCAUCGUUGCAGACUUUGGUCGGAUCACUGUCAAGAACCACUUCACCACGGUGUCGUCCGUGACCUACAAGAGAGUUCCUCCAGUCAUUGAUGUCAUGAUGGUAGACCUUAGUGACCUCAAGAUGUUCAGGACCACUUUUGAAGAAGGGAAGUUCCAGACAGAGAUCCAACUCUUGAAACCUGUCAACCUUGACUUGUCUGUUGAGCGCAACCUUUCUUCAUCCUGGUACCACAGUGUUCCUGACAUUGAGAUCAAGGCUCACCUAAAGCCAAUGAAUCUGGUCCUGAGUCAGGAAGACAUGACAGUGGUGUUGCGGACACUUAACGAAAAUCUGUCGGAGACCUCAGAUGCUGUACCCCCUCCUGCUCCUGGAGACAAGUCGGAUACAAUGUCCAACAAGGACUCCCAGAAUGCCGGAGGGAGCACUGUGGUCACUGCGGCAGUGGUGGAGACCCAGAAGGCCGCCAAAUUGAAGAACACUCUGAAGCUUCACUUCAAGUUUGACUACAUGACUGUAGUUCUGUACAGCCACAGCGGGAAUGAGGCCCACUUGCUGGAUCCCCGUGACGAGCGCUUGGAGCUGGCAGAGUUCAGACUGGGCACAAUCUCUACAGCUGUUCAGAUGUACAACGAUAAUUCCAUGAAGGCCUCUGUCAAACUUGCCAACUGCCUACUGGAUGACAAACGAAAAAACGUUAAAAUGAUUACUUCCAGGAUGGUGGAGAUGAGAACAGGUGCUGAGAAUAACGUCAUGGUGGAGGUGAACUACAGGCAGGGCAGAGACGGCACCACCUUGGACACCAUUGUGCAGGACAUUUACCUCUGUGCCAGCAUGGAGUUUUUGCUGACAGUGGCUGAUAUCUUCGUUAAAUCCAGCCAAGAUGGUUUCUCUGGUCCACAGAAGAACACUAAGCAGGUUCCCACGUCAUCCAAGGAGGCAGCCCCAACGCAGCCUGUGGCAGCCAAGUCAGAAAUGAACAUCGUCGUUAAAGACCCUGAAAUCGUGUUUGUGGCCGAUCUCACCCGUGCCGACGCUCCCGCUUUGGUUAUGACCACGCAGUGCGAGGUGCUCAUGAAGAGCAGCCCCGACGGACAGAAGAUGACGGCAGCCAUUCGGGACCUGAAGGUGGUGGCCUGUCCCUUCGUCAGGGAGAACAGGACAAACAUCACUACCGUCCUGCAGCCCUGCGAGAUGUUCUUCCAGAGCACGCAAACCCCCAGCACCCCACAGACCAUGGAGCUUUGCAUCAGUGCUCUCACCCUGAAGGUGUCUCCCAUCAUCAUUAACACGGUGAUCACCAUCCAGUCAGCUCUGACCCCCACGGCUGAGACACCCCAGGAGCUGGAAAGCCCCAUACCCCCCAAUUUGUGGGACAAGAAGAGUUGGCGGGAGCUGAAGCUCUGGUUCCUGGAGGAAGACGGUGAUGAGGUCACAAAGUCCUCCACCCCGUUGGUGCCCACGGGAGAGUCCUUGGUGAUGAAGAUCAGCUCUAUCUGCUUGACCCUGGAGGCUGGAGUGGGCCACCGCACUGUGCCCAUGCUGCUGGCCAAAGCCUCUUUCCAAGGGGAUGUGAAGAACUGGAGCACCUUAAUCAAUCUUCACAGCAACCUCAACCUGGAGGUGCAUUACUACAACGAGGUGAUGGGAGUGUGGGAGCCAUUGUUGGAGCCCUUGGAAGAGGUCAAAGAUGGGUUUCGACCCUGGACCCUUGGGGUCAAGAUGAAAAAAAAGCAAGUGAAUUAUUACGGCAAUUGCGAUGAAGUGGACUACAGUGUUCCUGACUACAAAACAGUCAUUAACAUCAACUCCAAGGAUCAGCUGAACAUUACGCUGUCCAAGUAUGGCCUGGGCAUGCUCAGUAACCUCGGCACAGCCUUUGCAGAAGCAGCCAGCCAGACAGCGGAGUGCUUCCAGACAGACCAGGCCCCCUUUGUGAUAAAGAAUCGCUUGGGUCUGGCGGUGUCCGUGGUCCACAGCGAGAUGUUCAGUCCCAUGGGGGUGGCAUCCCCGAAAAGACAGGUGGAGCUUCAAGAUGGAGAGAGUCUUAAUAUGGAUUAUGUCCACACUACCUCAGACAGUGACCAAUUCUCAGCCAUGACAUGCUUGAGUGCAAAGAACUACUACAUACAGCCAAUUCCCGUUGGCCACUCAGCUGCCAGCAUCAUUCCACUAAUCAAAGUAGGGCGUGGCAUGUACAGCGUCAUGCACAAAGACUCAGACGUGAAGCGCUUCUUCAUCUGUCAGAUCUGCUCUGUGCAGGGAAGCAAGUAUGUCAAGAUUCGCUCUCCCUUCCAGAUCAUUAAUCACUUCUCGAUACCAUUCAAAGUUUUCGAGGGGUCCUCUCUCCUGGGAAUAGCCCUGCCUACAGAGGAGUUUUGUGUACCUCUGGGCUCCUACCGAUCAUCGCUGUGUCUCCAGCCCAUUACGGAAGGAGAGAACUACAACUGCUCUGAGGGCUUCAGUUAUGAGCUGAUCAGCCAGCACAUUGGUCAGGGAAUGGAGCAGACCUGCCGCCAUAUUGGGAUCAAUGGCCGUGCCAUAGUUGUCAACCUUGUCCCAAUGAGAGACACUUUAACGAUCCAGAGCACUGAGGAAGUUUUUGAUGAGCCAUAUGUCCUUCACCUGUGGCCAACUGUCCUUCUCAGGAACCUGCUACCAUACCCCAUCACAUUCUCCCUACAGGAGAAUGGAGACCCCUCUCCCAUCACCCUGCAGGAGGGUCACUCUGCUGAGAUUCACACGGCCAUCAUGGACCGCUCUCGGCUGGAUUUCCGGCUGCUGAAUUACCUGGACCAAGACUGGGAGAGUGUGUACAGCCUUCGCCAUGAACAGGAGGAGAUCAGCUUCAUAGUCUUCCACUCCCUUUGCAAGGAAGAAGAGGAGAGCAUGCGUGCCGAACUCGACAUUGCCAUCCACGUGACGUACAACCCUGGCCAGACGGUGGUUGCCUUACACUCCCCCUACUGGAUGGUUAACAAGACGGGUCGACUAUUGCAGUACAAGGCUGACGACAUCCACCGAAAGCACCCCAGAGAGUAUGACAAGCCCCUCCUCUUCUCAUUCAAGCCUCGCAACUUCUUGCAGAACAACAAGGUGCGACUGAUGGUGUCGGAUAGUGAGCUAUCAGAUGAUUUCUCUCUGGACACAGUUGGCAGCUACGGUGAUGUGAAAUGUAAAGGGCGGACCAAGGACUACUUGGUGGGGGUGAAAAUCGACGCCAGCAGUUUCAGCCUGACCCGGAUUGUGACCUUCAUGCCAUUUUACAUGCUGGUGAACAGAACCAAGCAUGUGAUCAUGAUCAGCGAGCAGGGCCGAGACGAAUGGGUGGAGGCUCACCCAGAGCAGUCUACUGUCCCGUUCUGGCCUGAGAAGGACUCAAAGAAGCUGAAGAUUAAGGUGGAAGGCUGCAACUCGGCCCCUCACUCCAUUAACUUCCACAAAGAGGAGAACUGCUUGCUGCUGCACCUGGACAACACGCUAGGCGGAAUCGUCGUUGACGUUAACCCUACUGAACACUCAACGGUGAUCCGAUUCUCAGAGUACCACGAUGGCGCAGCUCCUUUCCUCAUUAUCAACCACACUAGAAGUGAGACGUUGCAGUUUUUCCAGAGCACACAGAAGGAGAAGGACGAGCUGGGCCCGGGGAAAGCGGUGUACUACUCCUGGGCGGAGCCCACCGGGUCACGGAUCCUCAAGUGGAAAUGCGGGAAGUAUUCGGGAGAACUGCGGAGCGAGGAGGACCUGCUUCUGGAUGUGAACAACGAGGGGAAGCUAUUCCUGCUGUCAUUUUACGAAGGCCUCCAGCGGGUGGCGCUGUUCACAGAGGAGAGGCGGAUGUACACGCAUGUAUGUGAGAGUGAGAAGGCAGAACUGGCGGAGCAGGAAAUCAUCCUGUCCCUGCAGAACAUGGGCGUCUCGCUGGUCAACAACACCACCAGCCAGGAGGUGGCCUUUAUCGGCAUCACCAGCUCAGAUGUAGUCUGGGAGUUUAAACCAAAGAAGAAGGCGCGGUGGAAGAUGCUGAGCGUGAAGGAGGCGGCGCUGCUCGAGAGCUCUUUCAAGGAGUAUACAGACAGUGGGGCUGUGACAGUCCAGGCUAUGAAACUGGACAGUAACUUCCAGGUGUGUCUAGCUGCAAAUGCAUCAGACAUGAAGAUUCUGCUGCCCAGCGAGUGUCCCCUGCGGAGGAACUUUUUGCCUGCGGUGAAAGUGGAGUACAGUGUGUCUGCGCGGCAGAAGGCCUACCGCAUCCAGAUCAACAGGAUACAGAUUCAGAACCAGCUUCCUGGUGCAAUCUUCCCUUAUGUCUUCUACCCUAUAAAACCACCUAAAUCCGUCGCCAUGGAUUCAGAACCCAAACCCUUCACUGAUGUCAGCAUCGUUACCCGGACAGCUGGCCACUCUGACAUCUCUCGCAUCAAAUAUUUUAAAGUUCUGAUUCAGGAGAUGGACCUGAAGAUGGACCUUGGGUUCCUCUAUGCCAUUCUAGAACUUUUCACGCAGGAGAAUGCAAGUGUAGUUUCGUCAGAGCAGGAGGUGGAAUUGUUUAAGAAGGACAUUGAGAACCUGAAAACAGAACUCAAUCCGGUCUCUGCAACAGAUACCUCCCCCACUAGCCUCUAUGAAUACUUUCACAUCUCUCCUAUUAAAUUGCACCUGAGUUUUUCACUGAGCUCCGGAGGAGAUGAUGCAAACAAGAAGAAGGAGACUGAGGUCAUCCCAGUUCAGUCGCUCCACUUGCUGCUGAAGAGCAUUGGUGCCACACUGACCGACGUGCAAGAUGUCGUCUUCAAACUGGCUUUCUUUGAACUCCAGUUCCAGUUCCGGACCACACAGCAGCUCCAGUGGGAAGUCAUACGGCAUUAUUCGAAACAGGCUAUCAAGCAAAUGUAUGUGCUAGUUCUGGGGCUGGAUGUGUUGGGAAAUCCCUUUGGAUUGAUCAGGGGACUUUCUGAGGGAGUGGAAGCCUUCUUUUACGAACCAUAUCAGGGAGCCAUCCAGGGCCCAGAGGAAUUUGUAGAAGGCAUGGCCCUUGGCGUGAAGGCACUGGUGGGCGGGGCAGUUGGGGGCAUUGCUGGUGCGGCCUCUAGGAUCACAGGCGUCAUGGCUAAGGGAGUAGCAGCCAUGACCAUGGAUGAGGAAUACCAGCAGAAGCGGCGGGAGGCAAUGAACAAGCAGCCCAGCAGCCUGCGGGACGGCCUGGCACGGGGGGGCAAGGGACUGGUGUCGGGCUUUGUAAGCGGUAUCACAGGGAUCGUCACCAAGCCCAUUAAAGGUGCGCAAAAGGAGGGGGCAGCAGGCUUCUUUAAAGGCAUGGGGAAGGGUCUGGUGGGUGCGGUGACUCGACCAACCGGGGGCAUCAUUGAUAUGGCCAGCAGUACCUUCCAAGGAAUCAAGAGGGCGACGGAGACGUCUCAGGAUGUGGUGAGCUUGCGUCCUCCUCGCUUCUUCCAUGAAGACGGAGUCAUCCGCCCCUACAGGGAGAUGGAGGGCAUAGGCAGCCAGAUGUUACAGAAAAUUGAAAAUGGACGAUUCGCCAAGUACAAAUAUUUUGCUCAUGCCAAGGUGAAUGAGUCAGAUUUUCUGAUGAUUACAAAAAGCUGCAUAUUUUUUGUAACAAAAGGAACCUUUGGACAAUUAACCUGCGAGUGGCAGUAUUGUUUCGACGAGUUUACAAAAGAGCCAAUAAUUGUGGAAGGCAGAAGGCUGCGAAUUGAAGCGAAGGAGAGAGUCAAGUCUGUGUUUCAUGCCAAAGAGUUUGGGAAGAUUAUAAACUUCAAAACUCCUGAAAUUGCCAAGUGGGUUCUUGCUAAACUGGAAGAUGCAAGAGAGACCCUUCCGAAGUAAUAAACAUGCACCCCAGCUGUUGACACUCUCGCCACCCCGAUCCUGUCUCUCAGUGCCUUUCAGUAUUUCGUGCUGCAUGACACAAUGCAAAUCACCAUUUAGCUCCUUUACAACAUUCAUGUCUUUUUCCUUUUUUUUGUUUGGUGGGGGGAGGGGGGCGUUGUAACCAUUUUCCAAAUGGCACAUACAGUUGCUAGGCAGAGGGUAAUCCUUGAAUCGGUUGCUGCUGACCAACCAGAAUAUACAAUAACUGCCAGCAAGGUGUCCUCUAAUUUAUACAUAGUUUUUUUUCCUGUUUCCCGUGUGUCGUUUUGUAAGCUAUCUGGGAGUGAUUUUUCUUAAGAAUUCCAGUUACUGUUGCUGUGUUGUGUAGUGGGAGAGGUGGCUUCUCACUGUAGCCUGUAUGAAUUUUUGAUGUGACUUUGAUUUGCCCCCCCGCUUUGUCCAAACCCCCGAGGUUUAACUGGUUCACUCAUUUCACUGCCCUGUCCCAUUCUGGCCAAAGGGGAGCUUUUGACGAACAGGGACAGUCUGCCUCAUCUGCUCAGCGUAUCUGCUGGCCUGCAUGCAGAGGCCGGCCUGUGGUUGAUGAGAGCAUGUUAUUUUUCUAAACUGUUAUCUUACACUACAGUUAUCCCUGUAUAUUUUAUCCAGGGCAGGUCUCCUUAUAUAAUACAAGAAUAUGUACAUAAAAUAUAUCUAAAAAAAAUGAUAUAUUGAUAUGUCAGAGUGGUCUGUGCUCUGUGCACUUGUAAGAAACAUCUGUAAUCUAUAUGUUUUUGUAUACUGAUGUUCGGUACCUGGGGGGAUUGAGGGUGCAGAAAGUUGGUGCAUUCUGGGUCCUGGGGAAGGCGGGGCUAGCUGCUGAUGCUGUAACCUUUCAGCCUUGGUUGCAUCUCUGUUUAAUGUCUGUGUGAAUAACACUCACUUCCAGAAUGUUUCUUUGCCUUAACCGUUGAGUUAAUGAACACAAGGAUGGUACUUCUGUUGGUCCACAGCUUACGUUCUUUUUUUUCCAAUAAAUUAAGGGUUAUACAACCCAGAAUCCA